AUGACGAAGAGACGUGGCCAGGGCUCUCGCUGCGCCUCAGACUCGACGGAGUGGGGCGGGGCGUGGGACUCGAGCAAAGGCUGGCCGUUGCACUACCACCACGGCAACGGUGGCGGUUGGCAGACACGCAUACCCCUGGACCUGAUCCAUGCAUACCACUCGGCGAGUGAGAGCGGCAGCCCUCCGCUGGAGUUCAAGUUCGCCCUCGUGAAUGGCCCGGGAGAUGUGUGGGAAGGAGGACCCAACCGGGUCCUGAGCGCUGAUGCGGUUUCAGCCAUUGAGAAGGCCGAGGCCAGCGGCGAGUGCACCGUGAUGAAGCUUGCGUGGGAGGAACCCGAUCGCGUACUGCUGACAACAGUGCGACCUACGCCACGGGGAAGGACAGCAGUCGUAGUGCUGGGCAAGAAGCUGUUGCCCGACGGCCAGCCCACGCCCGACCUGGUGUCACGCAUGAAAAAGGCGGCCGCCAUCUAUCGGGUCGAGCGUCUCCAGCGAACAACGAGAACAAGGAAUGCAGCGACCACCGAUGAUGACGAUGGAGAAGCUAAGAGUGAAGGAAAGGGAAAAGGCAACGCGGAGAACGACGAAUACGGCGACAGUGAUGAUGUGGUGGUGAUUGUGACCGGCGGCGCGACGGUGACCGACAAGAACACUGAGUCGGUGGUGAUGAAGCGAUUGCUGGUGGAACUGGGCGUGCCAGCGGAGCACGUAGUUGAAGAGCCCAUGGCCAUGACCACCGUCGAUAAUGUCGUCUACGUCUACGAGAUCGUGGAAUCCUUGGGCAUCGAACGCAUCAUGGUGGUGACGGCGGCCUACCACCUCGACCGGGCUCGGGCGCUCUUCCUGUACAUGCGUCACCUGGGGCCGCCCUACCAUCUCUUGAUGAGCUUCGAGGGCCACGCCGCGCCACUCCCUCCCGCCGCCCUGGCACGAGAGCACGACGUCGAGUCACGGGUGCUACGCAACCUCGGCGCCCAUUUGGCUGCCUAUGUGCCGAGCUUGGCCUCUUCCUUCACUCCCCUCCCCCACCGCGAACAACAGCCCUAG